CGAAAUAGGUUUCGUUCCUAUUUCGGCGAGUGACAACGCAUCUGUCACUUUCACGUGUAAAAAUUGUGUAAUUUCGUGAAAAGUAAUUUUAAGACUUUAUAACCAUGUCUAAAAAACGCGGAAACAAAAAGAAUUUAAAUUUGGAAAGUGAUAACGAGGACGAAGGGCUUGUUACGAAAGGAGAGGCCGAAAAAGGUAACAUAACCUCAAAACCGAGUAAGAGUAAAGCCCCCAAAAAGGGUAAAAAGGGCAAAAAAGACGACUGGAGCGAUGAUGACGAUGAUAAAACGGUCUCUCUGAUUGAUAACGUGGACGAGGAGAUUCAACCGGUGGCGAAAAAGAGUGCAAAGAAGAAGUCGAAAAAGAAGGAACAUGAGUCCGGUAGUGAAGAUGAAGAAGAUAAAGUCGAGGUUAAGGUUGAGAAUAAAAAGAAAGCUGGAAAAAAAGGUAAAGGUAAAAACGAUUGGUCGGAUAAUGACAGUGAAGUGGAACUGCAAAUAUCGGACGUUGAGGAAGAAAUUCAACCGGUGAAGAAAAGUAGCAAAAAGGUUGCUAAAACCAAAAAGAAGAAAGAUCUGAGUGAGGAAGAUGAAAUCCUUGAGGAACCAGUUGAAGAGUCAGACAAAGAAGAACCUGACGAAAUCGCGGAAAAAGUAUCAGAACUGCAAAUAACUGAAGCUAAGAAGGAACCAGAAGAGAAGAAACUCACCCACAAGGAGAAGAAAAAGCUGAAGAAGCAGCAAGAAUACGAGAAACAAAUGGAAACCCUCCUUAAAAAAGGUGGCCAAGGUCACUCAGACCUUGACAGUAACUUCACAGUCUCCCAGUCGCAAAAAACCGCCGGACAAUUGGCCCAAUUAGAAAAUGCCGUUGAUAUUAAAAUCGAAAAUUUCAGUAUCUCGGCUAAAGGCAACGAUUUAUUCGUAAACGCGAAUUUGUUAAUCGCCAACGGGCGUCAUUACGGUCUUGUGGGGCCCAAUGGUCACGGUAAAACAACACUUUUGCGUCAUAUUGCGCAACGGGCUUUCGCGAUACCCCCAAAUAUCGAUAUUUUGUAUUGUGAACAAGAAGUGGUCGCUGAUGAUUUUUCAGCGGUUGAAUCGGUGCUUAAAUCGGAUGUGAAACGGACUGAAUUGUUAGAAGAAUGUAAAAAAUUAGAGGAUGCGUUUAAUACCGGGGAUUUGGGCGUUCAGGACCGGCUUAAUGAAGUUUAUGCCGAAUUGAAGGCCAUUGGGGCGGAUUCGGCCGAACCUAAGGCGAGGAGAAUCUUAGCUGGUCUAGGAUUCACUAAAGAAAUGCAAGAUAGAGCAACUAAAAAUUUUUCUGGUGGAUGGAGAAUGAGAGUGUCACUAGCCAGAGCGUUGUAUAUAGAACCCACUUUAUUACUUCUUGAUGAACCAACGAAUCAUUUAGAUUUGAAUGCAGUUAUUUGGUUGGAUAAUUAUUUGCAAGGGUGGAAAAAAACUCUACUUAUCGUUUCACACGACCAGUCAUUCUUAGAUAAUGUUUGUAAUGAAAUUAUCCAUUUAGAUAAUCAAAAGUUGUAUUAUUACAAAGGGAAUUACUCAAUGUUUAAAAAAAUGUACCAACAAAAACGCAAAGAAAUGAUUAAAGAAUACGAGAAGCAGGAAAAACGUUUGAAAGAGUUAAAGGCACACGGAUCGUCGAAAAAACAAGCCGAAAAGAAACAAAAAGAGGCUUUGACGCGAAAACAGGAGAAGAACAGAACGAAAAUGCAGAAACAAGAGGACGAAACAGCCCCAACUGAACUUCUACAAAAACCGAAAGAAUAUUUCGUCAAAUUUUCAUUUCCGGAACCUCCGCCUCUACAACCCCCAAUUUUGGGGCUUCAUAACGUAACUUUUGCAUAUUCGGGCCAAAAACCCCUCUUCCGAAACACCGACUUCGGUAUCGAUAUGAGCAGCAGAGUGGCAAUAGUUGGUCCGAACGGAGUCGGAAAAUCCACAUUUUUGAAAUUAUUAACCGGUGAUUUGGACCCGCAACAAGGGGAAGUCCGGAAAAAUCAUCGUUUGAGGAUUGGUCGUUUUGAUCAACAUUCAGGUGAGCAUUUAACGGCCGAAGAAACACCCGCUGAAUAUCUGAUGCGAUUGUUUGAUCUGCCGUACGAAAAAUCCCGAAAGCAAUUGGGGACUUUUGGUCUAGCGAGUCAUGCUCACACUAUCAAAAUGAAGGACUUGUCCGGGGGACAGAAAGCACGAGUGGCUUUAGCCGAAUUGUGUCUUAACGCACCGGAUGUUCUCAUUUUGGAUGAACCGACGAAUAAUUUAGAUAUUGAAUCGAUUGAUGCACUAGCUGAGGCCAUUAACGACUUCAGUGGAGGGGUUAUUAUAGUGAGCCACGACGAACGACUUAUACGUGAAACUGAUUGCGCCUUGUACGUAAUAGAAGACCAGACCAUAAACGAAUUAGACGGCGACUUCGACGACUACCGCAAAGAGCUCUUGGAGAGUCUGGGUGAAGUCAUCAACAGCCCAAGUAUUGCAGCAAACGCUGCCAUUGCUCAAUAAUACAACAAAAAAUUUCUACAAUUGUAUUUAUUUAAAAAACCCAAAUACAAUCAAUAUUUUAAU